AUGGAUACCACAACAGAAGACACAAACGGCUUAGAGGGAAUUGAUCCUGUUCCUAACCUUGGAGUCUUGGAUCUUACAUCUGAAGACUUUCUUCUGGAUGAAGUGGAUCUCCACAUACAACAAAAUCUGGAGGAUGAUAUUGUAAAAGAAGCUUUGAAAACUGGAGUUGACUUACGACAAUAUUCUAAACAGAUUGAAAAAGAGUUACUUGAAGUUGAAAAUGCCUCAAUACAAGACUAUAUUAAGGAAAGCCAGAAUAUUGCCAGUCUUCACAAACAGAUAGCAGCAUGUGAUACCAUUCUUGAGAGAAUGGAACAAAUGUUGAAUGGGUUUCAAACAGAUCUGAGCAGCAUCAGCAAUGAGAUUCAAACACUCCAAGAAGAAUCUAUCGCUAUGAAUAUAAAGCUGAAAAACAGACAGGCUGUUCGCGGAGAGCUAAGCCAGUUUGUAGAUGAAAUGGUCAUUCCAGAAUCCAUGAUAUCACAUAUUGUCGAUACCCCAGUAACUGAGCGUGAAUUUAUGGAACAACUACAUGAGCUGAAUCACAAGAUCAACUUUGUGAAGGAGCAGUCGUUCAAAGAGGCACGCUCUUGCCAGGAUGUCCGUGAUAUACUGGAGAAGCUGAAAAGCAAGGCAUUAAGUAAAAUCCGUGAAUUCCUUUUGCAAAAGAUUUAUUCCUUCAGAAAGCCAAUGACCAAUUACCAAGUUCCACAGAAUACAAUGCUAAAAUUCAGAUUUUUUAAUGAGUUCCUUAUGAGCCAUGAACGACAGGUAGCAAAAGAAAUUCGAGAUGAGUAUGUGGAUACAAUGAGUAAAAUUUAUUAUUCAUACUUCAAGGGCUACACAAGCAGGCUGAUGAAAUUACAGUAUGAAGAACUUGCUGACAAAGAUGAUUUGAUGGGAGUAGAAGACACAGCCAAGAAAGGUUUUUUUGCUACCAAACCAUCUUUAAAGAACAGAUCUACAGUUUUCACUCUUGGUGAUCGAGGGGAGGUACUGACUUCACAGCUGGAAGCUCCUGUUAUUGUACCACAUGCUGCCCAGAAAAAUGAGACACGAUACACUUUUGAGAAAUUAUUUCGCAGUCAACACUACACCCUGAUGGACAAUUGUUGUCGCGAGUAUCUAUUCAUUGUCGACUUUUUCAUGGUCUCCACUUCGGGCACCCCAGCACAAGAUCUUUUUAACAACAUCAUGGGUAAAACACUGUCUAUGUUUUUGAAACACAUGGAGGUCUAUACAAAUGACUGCUAUGAUUCUAUUGCUAUAUUCCUAUGUAUACAUAUCAUCAAUCGUUACCGCAGCAUCAUGCUUAAGCGCAAUGUACCAGCUCUGGAGAGGUACUGGCAAACGCUUCAGGACAUAAUGUGGCCCAGAUUCAAGUAUAUUCUUGAGUUGAAUAUACAUAGUGUCAAGGAAUGUGACCCCCAGAAACUUGGACAUAUCGAUGUACGGCCCCAUUAUAUCACACGUCGGUACGCUGAGUUUUCAGCUGCUAUCGUGGGUAUCAACCAGUCAUUCCCCGAUGAGAAGGUGCACCAGUUGUUGGGCCAGCUCCAAAUUGAAGUGGAAAACUUUGUCCUUAAAAUGGCAGCUGAGUUCCCUCAGCGGAAGGAACAGCUAGUCUUCCUCAUCAACAAUUAUGACAUGAUGCUUAAUGUCAUCAUGGAGCGGACAGAAGAUUCUAAAGAGUGUGAAAGUUUCCAGGAAUUGCUCUCAGCCCGUACUCAAGAGUUUAUUGAAGAAGUGCUGGCGCCACACUUUGGAGGAAUGAUCACUUUUGUCAAGGAAUGUGAAGUCAUCAUUGAAAAGGAUAACAUUGAUCAUUUAAAGAAUGAAGAACGAAGAGUCCAGCAGAUUGUACGUGGUUUCAAUGCAGACUGGAAGAAAGCCAUUGAACUAAUCAACCAAGACGUGAUGCGUUCCUUCACUAAUUUUAAAAAUGGGACUCAGAUUUUGCAGUAUACAAUUCGGAAAGAAAGAGACAGGUCUGUCUCUCUCCUUUUCCUCCUCUCUUCCCCCCUCUCUCCUUCUCCUCUUCUCUCUCCUUGUCUUUCCUUCUCUCCCUCUGCUUCUCGUUCUCUCUCUCUCCCUCUGCUUCUCCUUCUCCCUCUCUCCCUCUGCUUCUCCUUCUCCCCUCCUCCCUCUCCUUCUGCUCCUCCCUGUCUUUCUCUCUCUCCUCUCUCAUAUAGAUAG